AUGGCUGCGAUUAUUGUUGGACCCCUCAUCAAGGCCGCAUUCGGCGAGAACGUCUCCGACGUCGCCGAUGUCAUCCUGGGUUUUGAUUUCAGUAAAAUGGAUGUCACCACUACUCAUUCGGAGGAGUAUCUCCACACGGAGCUUGCACCAAGUUACGGCAAGCUCACCAGCAGCUCGCUAGAGGAACUCGACGACCAUUUGAAGAUCAUGAUGAGUGGAACGAUGAAGAGUCUGGCCAAACUGGAGAACAAGGACUGGGCAUCGGUUGUGGGCACCAUGAUGCAGAACCCGCUGCUCGAGACUGACGGAUCGGAAAUCGACCGUUCUGAUAUGUUGAUCAAGGAUAGCGUUGCUGAUUUCAAGUUCGACGGUUCCCCUGACUCCGCGAUCGUCAGCGAGGUCCAAAGCUGGUUCACCAAGCUCAUCAACGAUGAAGAUGUCCUUCUGAGCACCAAGAUUGAUCUUCCCAUCAUGGCACAGAUUGUCGCAAGCAGCGGUGCAACCGUCGACAGUUUUCUCAAUUUCUGGGCCAAGCGCGAGCGCCACAGCCAAACCAUGGUCGAUAUUGGCGUUCUGCGCUUCCCCGACGUCGACCACCCUCACUUCAAGCUCUACCGAAUCCAGCUUGAGGCUUGGCAGGACAGCUCCCGCAUCCUUUGGCAUCAAGAAGACAAGAACGGCAUCACCGGAAUCUACACCUGCCGCAGGUUCAAGCCUCGUGAGAGCGUCAUCAAAGGCCUGACCGAUACGGCGCGUGCAAAGGCCAUCGAGGAGGCCAACAAACUGUUUGACUAA